AGAGCCACAUUCUAAUCCCCUGAACCUGUGGAUAUGUUACCUUAUGUGACAAAAGGGACUUUGCAUGUGUGAUUAAGUUAAGGAUCUUGAGUUGGGAGAUGAUCCUGGAUGAUCUGGGUGGGCCCAGUGUCAUCACAAGGAUCCUUAGAAGUGAAGGACAGGCAGGAGAGUCAGAGAAGGAGAUGUGAGGGAAGCAGAGAGUAAGUCAAUGGGAGAAAGACUGGCCAUUGCUGGCUUUCGGGAUGGAAGGUGGCCAUGAGCCAAGGAGUGUGAGCAGCUUCCAGAAGCUGAAAGAGUCAAGACAAUGGAUUCUCCCCAGAACCUCCAGAAAAGAAUGCAGACCUACCAACACCUUGAUUUUAACCCUAUUCCAUCUGGGGCUCUUGGGGGCUCCUGAAGACGUCCCAGCCUUGUCUGCUCUUCCUGUUUGCUCUUGGGGGCCUCCAACAGCUCGGCAGGACCAAGGUGGAGCCAUCAGAAGCCCAAACCCACAGGCAGCCUGAGGCAGAGUUUCACCGGACUUUCCACUCAGCACCCGGAUCUAUGUCUAAGUUUUAACUCUUGCUUACAAAGACCACGAUAAUUCCUUCCCCAAAGCCAAGCAGCCCCUCAGCCCCGUGCAGCCCCAGCCUGCCUCCCACCACCCAGCUGCCCGCAAUGCCCUCCAGCGGCCCCGGGGACACCAGCAGCUCCGCUCCAGAGCGGGAGGAGGACCGCAAGGAGGGAGAGGAGCAGGAGGAGGCUCGCGGCAAGGAGGAGCGACAGGAGCCCAGCACAACUGCACGGAAGGUGGGGCGGCCUGGGAGGAAGCGCAAGCACCCCCUGGUGGAAAGCAGUGACACGCCGAAGGACCCCGCGGUGACCUCCAAGUCCCCGUCCAUGGCCCAGGACUCGGGCCCCUCAGAGCUGUUACCCAAUGGGGACUUGGAGAAGCGGAGUGAGCCCCAGCCAGAGGAAGGGAGCCCCGCUGCGGGGCAGAAGGGCGGGGCCCCAGCAGAAGGAGAGGGUGCAGCCGAGACCCCGCCCGAAGCCUCCAGAGCUGUGGAGAAUGGCUGCUGCACCCCCAAGGACGGCCGAGGGGCCACCACAGAAGAAGGCAAAGAACAGAAGGAGACCAACAUCGAAUCCAUGAAAAUGGAGGGCUCCCGGGGCCGGCUUCGGGGGGGCUUGGGCUGGGAGUCCAGCCUCCGCCAGCGGCCCAUGCCGCGGCUCACCUUCCAGGCGGGGGACCCCUACUACAUCAGCAAGCGCAAGCGGGACGAGUGGCUGGCACGCUGGAAAAGGGAGGCUGAGAAGAAAGCCAAGGUGAUUGCAGUAAUGAAUGCUGUGGAAGAAAACCAGGGGUCCGGCGAGUCUCAGAAGGUGGAGGAGGCCAGCCCUCCUGCAGUGCAGCAGCCCACCGACCCCGCAUCCCCCACAGUGGCCACCACGCCUGAGCCCGUGGGGGCCGACGCUGGGGACAAGAACGCCACCAAAGCAGCAGAUGACGAACCGGAGUACGAGGACGGCCGGGGCUUUGGCAUUGGGGAGCUGGUGUGGGGGAAACUGCGGGGCUUCUCCUGGUGGCCAGGCCGCAUUGUAUCUUGGUGGAUGACGGGCCGGAGUCGAGCGGCUGAAGGCACCCGCUGGGUCAUGUGGUUCGGAGACGGCAAGUUCUCAGUGGUGUGUGUUGAGAAGCUGAUGCCGCUGAGCUCCUUCUGCAGCGCCUUCCACCAGGCCACCUACAACAAGCAGCCCAUGUACCGCAAAGCCAUCUACGAAGUCCUGCAGGUGGCCAGCAGCCGAGCGGGGAAGCUAUUCCCAGCGUGCCAUGACAACGACGAGAGUGACACUGCCAAGGCCGUGGAGGUGCAGAACAAACAGAUGAUCGAAUGGGCCCUCGGAGGGUUCCAGCCCUCUGGCCCCAAGGGCCUGGAGCCACCAGAAGAGGAGAAGAACCCCUACAAAGAAGUUUACACAGAUAUGUGGGUUGAACCUGAGGCAGCUGCCUAUGCACCACCCCCACCAGCCAAAAAGCCCCGAAAGAGCACAACUGAGAAGCCCAAGGUCAAGGAGAUUAUUGACGAACGCACAAGAGAGCGGCUGGUGUACGAGGUGAGGCAGAAGUGCCGCAACAUCGAAGACAUUUGCAUCUCUUGUGGGAGCCUCAAUGUCACCCUGGAGCACCCUCUCUUCAUUGGAGGAAUGUGCCAAAACUGCAAGAACUGCUUCCUGGAGUGUGCCUACCAGUAUGAUGACGACGGCUACCAGUCCUACUGCACCAUCUGCUGUGGGGGACGUGAGGUGCUCAUGUGUGGGAACAACAACUGCUGUAGGUGCUUCUGCGUGGAGUGUGUGGAUCUCUUGGUGGGGCCAGGGGCUGCCCAGGCGGCCAUUAAGGAAGACCCCUGGAACUGCUACAUGUGCGGGCACAAAGGCACCUAUGGGCUGCUGCGGCGGCGGGACGACUGGCCCUCUCGGCUCCAGAUGUUCUUUGCCAAUAACCACGACCAGGAAUUUGACCCUCCGAAGGUUUACCCACCUGUCCCAGCUGAGAAGAGGAAGCCCAUCCGGGUGCUGUCUCUAUUUGAUGGAAUUGCUACAGGGCUCCUGGUGCUGAAGGACUUGGGCAUUCAGGUGGACCGCUACAUCGCAUCGGAGGUGUGCGAGGACUCCAUCACGGUGGGCAUGGUGAGGCACCAAGGGAAGAUCAUGUACGUCGGGGACGUCCGCAGCGUCACGCAGAAGCAUAUCCAGGAGUGGGGCCCGUUCGAUCUGGUGAUUGGGGGCAGUCCGUGCAAUGAUCUCUCCAUCGUCAACCCUGCCCGCAAGGGACUCUACGAGGGCACUGGCCGGCUCUUCUUUGAGUUCUACCGCCUCCUGCAUGACGCGCGGCCCAAGGAGGGAGAUGAUCGCCCCUUCUUCUGGCUCUUUGAGAAUGUGGUGGCCAUGGGCGUUAGUGACAAGAGGGACAUCUCGCGAUUUCUCGAGUCCAACCCUGUGAUGAUUGAUGCCAAAGAAGUGUCAGCUGCACACAGGGCCCGCUACUUCUGGGGGAACCUUCCUGGUAUGAACAGGCCGUUGGCAUCUACUGUGAAUGAUAAGCUGGAGCUGCAGGAGUGCCUGGAGCAUGGCCGGAUAGCCAAGUUCAGCAAAGUGAGGACCAUUACUACUAGGUCGAACUCCAUAAAGCAGGGCAAAGACCAGCAUUUCCCCGUCUUCAUGAAUGAGAAAGAGGACAUCUUAUGGUGCACUGAAAUGGAAAGGGUGUUUGGCUUCCCUGUCCACUAUACCGACGUCUCCAACAUGAGCCGUUUGGCGAGGCAGAGACUGCUGGGCCGGUCGUGGAGCGUGCCGGUGAUCCGCCACCUCUUUGCUCCGCUGAAGGAAUAUUUUGCUUGUGUGUAAGGGACUCAUGAGGGCAAACUGAGAUAGACACCAAGUUAAACAAACAAACAAACAAAAAACACAAAACAAUAAAACAUCAAGAACGUGAGGAUGGAGAGAAGUAUCAGCACCCAGAAGAGGAAAAGGAAUUUAAAACAAAAAAAAAACCACAGAGGUGGAAACACCGGAGGGCUUUGCCUUGCAAAAAGGGUUGGACAUCAUCUCCUGAUUUUUCAAUGUUAAUCUUCAGUCCUAUUUAAAAAACAAAACCAAGCUCUCCCCCUCCCCCCGCCCCCCUUUUAUUUUUUUGGUCAAACCUUUCGUUUUCUCUUUUCAGAGGGGUUUUCUGUUUGUUUGGGUUUUUGUUUCUUGCUGUGACUGAAACAAGAGGGUUUAUUGCAGCAAAACUCAGUAACAAAAAAUAGUAACAAUACCUUGCAGAGGAAAGAUGGGAGAGACAGAAAAAAAGGAAAUUCUAUAGAGAUCUAUAUUGGUAUUGGAUUUUUUUUUUUUUUUUUUUACUAUAUAUUUUUGUUGUUGUUGUCUCUAGCCUGAUCAGAUAGGAGCACAAGCAGGGGACAGAAAAUAGAGAGACACUCAGGCGGCAGAAUUCCCUCCCAGCCACUGAGCUGUCUUGCUAGCACCAUUCCUGGUCAUGCAGAACAGAACCCAACUAGCAACAGGGAGACGAGAACACCACACAAGACCCUUUUCUACAGUAUUCAGGUGCCUACCACACAGGAAACCUUGAAGAAAAUCAGUUUCUAGAAGCCGCUGUUACCUCUUGUUUACAGUUUAUAUAUAUAUGAUAGAUAUGAGCUAUAUAUAUAAAAGGUACUGUUAACUACUGUACAACCGUUCAUAAUGGUGCUUUCAAACAGCGAGAUGAGUAAAAACAUCAGCUUCCACGUUGCCUUAUGUGCAAAGGGUUUUAAUCAAGGAUGGAGAGAGGGAGAUAGCGUGAAGGUGAAUCAUUAUCAAGGUGGGGAUUUCCCCCCCACCCCCCUUGGUGUUUAAGGAAGUGAAGGAGAAUUCGGGAACAGCAUUUUCCUGCUUCUCCCUGCCAAAAAGGGGGUGGGGGUGUGUGAGAUGAGGUGGUCGGGACGUGGAAAGCUGAGAGAGGAAUUCACCCAGGCUCACAUAAUAACCUUUUGAUUUUUUUUAAAAAAGGAGACUUCCCUCAGCAAGAUGGCGGGAUAAGGGGUCUUCAUUCCCAGUUUCUCACAUUAGCUGAACCGAGGGCCCCUCGUGGUGGGAUCAGACAUAAUCCAGAGUGGGCAAGUGACAGUAAAACCCCACCUGGAGCAAAUAAAAAAACAUACAAAACGUACUGGUGCUUUCCUGUCUAAAGUCGCCUUUUGUGUGUUCUUUUAUGAGGCCCCACCAUCCACCCUCUGCACAAGGCGGCUUCCAGCCCCUGGAAUGUGAUGUUUUUGGUCAUCUCCAAAGGCUGCAGUUUUUUUACUGGGAGGCUGAUGACACCUUUUGUUAUAUUCUUAUGGUUCUGGUUAUAAUUAUGUUUGUUUUCAGAUUUUCUUUAAGAAAACAAAAACCCACCCUCCCCUCCUUUUAGGUUUCAAACCAAGGUGCGGGGAGCAGGGUGCUUCUAAGUUAGUGGUGGCCCUGGUGCCCUGGCUCCCUACCCCUCGGGCCAGGUGGGCCACCAGGCGCAGCGACAGCUGGGCGGCCAGGGACUGUCCCCCAGGCCAGCCUUCCGGUGCGUCCCUCUUCUCUUCUACUCCCCUCCUCUUGAGUCGUGUGUCAGGGCCGGAGGGAGCACUGGGCUGUCUCCCUCCUCGUGUGUGUGAUUGGAGUGGUGUGUAUUUCUUUUCUAGUGCUUGGUCUGAUGAUAGCUGUGCUCUUACCUCGAGUCAGCAGCACCUGGAGCCCCAAGUGCACGACACUUGGUUCCACUUCCUACCGAGGCAAGCAGCCUGGCGUUGGCGGUAGGCGGGGACGGCAUUGGCGGCUCCAGGGUGAGGGCCCAAUGGGCAGAUGCUUGCCUGGAUAGAUGGGGUGUAGAUAUGUGGCAUAUAGAGAUAUAUAUUUUAUAAUGGGAGGGGGGAUGGCACCUCCUGGGACCGGCAGGGCUGGGAGGUGUGCUGUGAAGCACAUGGUCCCAAGUUCGCAUCCCUAGAAAGAUAGGGCCUAUGGUGAUAGGCGCUAUAUAAAUACAUAGAUAGGGUCAUGUAUAAGAAAUAUUAUGUAGUGGGGAGCGGCGGGGAAGGGGGCUCAGGGUGCUGAGCCUCAGGCCCCACUGCAGACAAAAGCCCCACAACCAAUCAAUCAAUCCCACACGCAUCCACAGGAACAUUUCUAUACCGUUGCAUAACGAAUGCACUCACGCAGCCAGGGAGCACCCCGCACGACUCUCCCCAGGAUUCAGGACUUUGUGGAGUCAGGCCCUGCAGCUCUUUACCUCUGUUGCCCUGAUUGCAGGUAGACUGUCGAUCCCAGAAGUUGCUAGGUGCUGAAGGCAGGAAAAGGAGGAGGUUUUAUUUUAGCAGGUGCUCUCCUCUAGCAGGUAGCGUUCUCUCUCUUUUGCCCCUGGUGAUGUCAAAAGAUUCUUCUGUUAGCAACCUGUGAUACUGACCUGCAACUCUAGGCACCAGUAAAGUCAGCCCUCAACUCCCCCUACCUAUUCUCCCCCCACCAAAAGACAAUUGACAUCCAGGUCUGUCUUGGCCAAGGGGCUUCCAUUCAAAAAAAUAAUAAAUGGGACAGUGAACCUCAUGUUUUGAAUAAAGCAAAUUAGUAAUUGGUGACCAAAUUAAAUCAAGGCUUUGAAUCCCUUGCUCGUGGCUCAGGAGUAAGCUCACCGCUGGUGGCCAGGCUCCCGUUCCCCGUAGGGGUGCUUAGUUCUGGACUUAAAUCUACUCGUGUCCUUGUCAGAUUGGCUUUGAAGGCCACACCCAGUUGCUUCCUGCCAGCUCCGAUGUGGUGGCAGGUGGUGAUGGUGGGCCCCAGGGGGUUGGAGUGGUUAGGAGAGGGGGGAUACCUCUGCCCCUCCCUGUCUGGAGUCCCUGUACCUAAUUGUGGUGCUCAUCCCAUCCCCUCCUACUCCAGCCAGGCUCCAUCUCCCUGGCCUGGAGCCCACCAGCACCACUCCAGGAAGGCUGUGGGGAGGAGGGCUGCCUCAAGCAGUCCAAGGUGCUACCUCCCCUGCUGGCCAGCCCCUGCUGUUGGGACAGCCUGGGCCUUCCUCUGCAGACCUUCAGCUCCCCGGGCUCUCCUAGGCCUCCAUCUGCUGCUUAUGUGAUGGAGUUUGCCUUUCCCAAUGGCCCAAGCUCCACCCGAGGGGUGGUGUGGGGAAGAAACUUGGUAGCCAGGGACAUGGCAGGCUUGUUUAGUGUGGGCAGGCCAGCUUUCCCAGAGGGGGCUCCUUUGUGGCUGAUCUCCCAGCCCAACAACCUAACCAGGUGCCCCUCGCAGGGAUGAGUUCACGAUCACCAGCUUUUCUUCCAGCCGACGCUUAGUCCCACAGUAGAACUUGGUAGGGCACAGGGGACUUUGGGAAUGUGCCAACUUGCCAUGCCGGGAUGCUCUGAAUCCACCUCUGAUCCUUGGGGGGGUGGGGGUGGGGCUUCUGGGGACAGGUACCUGGUCACCUAAAGGGGAGCUGUGCUUUGACAGGUCCAUCCAAGGAUUAAGGUGGGGAUUGUUACACUUGCUGUGGAUGAGGCUGAGGGUAGAGGCAGUGGAGCAGGAGAAAUGAAGGCCUAGGGAAAAUCCUGGAGUUCGUGCCCAGUGGGAUUUUCUUUCUAAAGAACAGGCCCACUUACCCCUGGAAACAAAGGCUUUUAGGGACUGAGGAUGGUGCCUCCUUAACUUACUGCAGGUGCCAAGUGGAGUGUGGUGCCAAAGAGGGUCUGUGGCUCGUGUGGGGCCGGUAGCUGGGGACUCGUGCCAGGGUCACAGAGCCCUUGCUUGCCUGCCUGAGAAGGAAGCUAGUCUCCAGCAGGUAGCUGCUGAGCCUGGUGGUCCUCAAGCUGGCUGGUGCUAACCCCCUUCCUUCCCUGUGGGAUGGACUGGAAACAGCUGGGGGAGCAGCUGGUGAGGUUUGGCGGCAGGGAGCGGUCUUGCAGUUGGCAGAUGACAGUGUGUUACUAUCAGUUUUUCUCUAGACCCCAGCACCUUUUUGCAGUUGGACAUCUUGUGAGAAAUUGCCUGACGAGCGUCCGGGGCCUCUUAGCUUUUGGGACAGGCCUGGAAGUGGUUGGCUGGUAGAGAUGCCCCUGUGAAUUUGGUGGGUUGCUAAGGUGCAGAUGGGGACAGGCAGACCCAGCGGGAAGGAAGGCCGUUGCACAUUGAACUGGCCUGACAAGGGCCGGCUCCCCGUUCUUCCCGCUUAGCUGGCAAUUCUGGGGCAAUUCUAGAUGGGAGUGGCCCUCCAUCUCCACAGGAAGGUCCGUAACAGCAAGGGAAGGAAUAAUUGAGCGGGGCCAUGGAAAUGUUCUGCAGGAAGACCAUGCUCAGUAGUUUUCAUAUCUUUAUAUAUGUAUAUAUAAAGUGGGUGCUGGAGGCGUUGUUGAAUUCCUGUCGCCGUCCGGUUGGUGCAGAGUUGCUGUGGCACUGGUGUCUUUCAGAGGUGUCCUUUGUCGGAAACUCGCAGGAGCCCCCUUUAGCCGAGGGUUAGGGCCGUGCGGCCUGCCAGGCACUAAGAACUGAAGAGGGCUGGCUGUUUCCUUUGCUCAGGGGAGCAGCAGAGCCAAGAUCCUGGGGAGAGCUGAGUGCUGAGUGUCUAGCCAGGUCCCAUUUGGAUCCAAGAGGUAAGGAAUCUGAAUUUGUCAUCUGGCAUUGACUAGUCAGGCUGCCCCCAGUCCUUAGGAUUAGAGGUGACACUGUAGUUGUCCCGUCCUCGGGCAGGAGGCAGCUGAAGCCUUUCCUCCAGAGCAGGAUAAGAAAGGUUAUGGAAGGCUAGCCUGGAGCUGGCAUGGCCCUCCCACCAUUCCCUGUGGAGGCAGGGGUUAACUACCAGUGUUGGGAGGAGCUGGCAAGAAAGAGAUUAAAAGAUGGACUCCACUGUCCUGGCAGAAUCUCUCCAAUCUUUACGUUUUGGUAAAGGAAGGCUGGGGUCUUUACGGAGUGAGGGCAGCCCCUCCUGUACCUGUGUGUGAGGGAGACCGUAGGCCGUGGAGUUUGGGGGAGGAAGACGUAGCAGGCCAAGAGCAGUGAGGACAAGGAUGGAAGUCUCUUUGCUAGUCGCGACUGGUUACAUUGCCCAAACGGAGGCCUAUGGACUCCUGUAACUGGAAACUCCCCCAACGAGGGGCCUGGGAGGGUGGCUUUCUCAAACCCCAGUCUGGUGGCCUCCAGCCCGGUACCUGAGGAGAUGAGCAGGGAUUGAAAGCCUCACCUUAGUCCCAUUUCACUUCACAGACUUGAUUUGGUUGCACAGACCUAGAAUUCAACAAAUAGCAACAACAACAAAAAUGCCGAAAUUCCUUAGAAUACGCAGAGGGAGGAGAUGACUCAACAAGGUGCUAAAACAUUUUAUUAAAAAUAUAUAUUGUUAAAUUAAGUCUGCUGUCUGGACAAUGACUGUUUGUUUUGUUUUCUUGUAGUGGAGUUUAAAAGAGACUAUUAUUUUACUCUGAUAUAUUAUUAUUAAAAAGGCAUUUUAACUUUGUACUUGAAAACUAAAUGAGCGAUUUCAUGUGUUUUAGCUGAGGCAUUGAAGUAGCGGGUGCUUACUUAUUUGUGGGAAAUCAUGUAUUCAUACUGAAGAAUAAACUCAGUAGCUGAUUUGGUAAUAACUUUUACUGUUACAGACGAUUUCGCUUUGACCCCGGCGGCAGAGCACUUUUACUCCACAUUCCACGCAGCUAAAUGCAGGACUUAACUCCCCACCCAGAUCCUUCCCUCCCCAGCCCUCUUCCCUUUCUCUUCAGUUCCUCUUUUUUCCUUUUCUUUUUUUUUUUCCUGGUUCCAGCAUCCUUUCACCACUGUUUUUUUUUUUUUUUUAGGGUUGCUUCUCUAUUUAUUGACAAUAAUAAUGUACAUUUCACAGUCUGGUUCUGGGACAUCCAGGGAGGGCGCGUGUGAGGGAGUCCUGAGUGGGUCCCUGCCCCUGCCCCCCGGUGUUCUGUUGUAUCUCUGUGUAAGUGAUGCUCGUGACAUAGCUGUUUAUGAAAUAAUUAAAAAGGUCAAUGCGUACAGCAGAUGUAGAAAGUCUGUCAGUUCCGCCUUCAUCACAUUUUUUUUUUCGUGCCCAGAAGAAUAUAAUAAAGCUCCUUUCUAAUGUACUUGUGCUGGA